UAGUAAAAAGAUUAAAAAAAUGAUCAUGGGGAGCUUUCAACCUUACAUAACAUAACUAGUGAAAUAUCGGAAUCCAUUAUUGGUUUGCCUCAAAAGGUAACACCGAUUUUUCUUGCAUCAAACUUCUUAGCUCAAACUUGACUUCUACUAAUGUAAUACUUAAAAGUUGAUACCAAUGUGCUUCAGUUCCUUUUGCAUUUUGGAUUCUCCAUUGUUAAGAAGCAACUUAUCACGCCCAUUAUGCAGCCCAUACAAAGAAGCAUUCUUUCAAAUGCAUGUACGGGCACGGAUUACUUUGGCGUAACCCACAAUCCACGGCCAAAGUAAAAUGCCUCCAAUUUUAGCCCCCCUAGCUCUACCCUUCUCUCUUCUUGAACGAGCACAAGAGUGCCAACUUUUCCGCCUCACACGGUACAAAGCUUGGAAAGAGGGAGUUGACGGUGGAUGUUCGAAACCCGACCGGCAGUGAAAUGAGAGCGUGCAGGUUAUGGAGAACAUCUAUUUAUUUACCCCCAUACAAACCAGGUAGCGAUUCUGAUCAGACAGUCAACCUCGCCAGUGCCUACAUGUUGUGCUAAAAAAUGCAGGGCCUUAAACAACUUUCGUCGAUUAGAGCCCUUGUUGUGGACUUUUGGGCUUCCAUCACAGUGGAACCAGCCAUCUUUUUUCUUUGGGUGGGACUUGGGAUACUAACCGGGUCUGAGGUUGAAACCAAUUUCAAGUUGUGGAAGGCAUGUUCGAUUUCAUUGGGUUACAACGACACGAUUUGUGAUGAUCUCUCAGCGGAGGGAAACGACCACAUUCAAGAUGAGACUCAAGUGUAUCUGAACAAGUUUGAGAUCGUCAACCAAUACAUCAGUUCAACACCUGUCAUCAUCUACAGCAUGUUCAUCGGAGCUCUAUCAGACAAGUAUGGUCGAAAGGCCUUAAUCCUUGCUCCCAUUUUUGGAUCCAUCAUAGAUGAUAGUCUGGCGCUCGUUCACGUCACAUUUCAAAGGACGCUCCCCAUGACAUUUUUCUACAUCCAGAAUUUCUUCAAUUGGUUCGGCGGCCCUUCCGUUUACUACUUGGGAAUCUACAGCUACGGCAGCGAUGUAACCGAUGAAUCGAAUAGAUCCACCCGGCUAGCUCGAUUUGAUGGGUUUGAGAUGGGAUCCUUUUUGAUUGGAACAUUGUUGAGCCCAUACGUGUUCAAAUGGGGGGGAUACUACGGAAGUUAUGGCACCAGAGGGAUCCUGUCAGUGUGUUCCUUCUGUUUUGUCCUCUUUGCGGUCACAGAAUCCCUUCCGAAGGCGGAGAAAGAGCACGAUUCUUCACCGAAAACGACCGGCUGGUUCAGGAGGUUGAUCGUGGAUCCUUUCACUAGCACAUUGAGGGCCAUCUUCCGUCCUCGUGAGGGUCACUUGCGUCUCUACGUCUUCUGCUUGUUCGGCAUUUACGGGUGCUAUUGGGCGGCAGUCUCUCUCAGAGGGUCAAAUGAAUACUUGUAUUUGCGUAAGACCUUCAAAGGAUUCACAGGGGAGGAUUUCUCGCACUUCAAUGUGUACCUGCAAGUGCUCAAUAUGAUCUGUUUGUUCGUGGGCAUCCCGAUCAUGAAGGACCUGUUCAAAUGGGACGAAGCCACCAUCGGAGUACUGAUCACGGCUUGUCAGGUUGUUGGUCUGAUCUGCCAAGCCAUGGCCGCCAACAUGUUUCCUCAGUUUUACUUGGCCACCUUCAUAAUGGGAGCUCAAUUAAGUGUCUAUUCGAUUGCUCGAUCGCAAUUCACCAAAUGCGUUCAUCCCAACGAGGUGGGAAAGAUAUUUGCGGCCGUGGCCAUUACAGCAUCUGUGAUGCAACUGGCCAUCGCACCAUUGGGAAAGUUGCUCUACAACGCCACAAUUACUACAUAUCCGGGCACUUUUCUACUUUUCAUGAGCUUCACUUUCUUCAUUGCUUUCCUCUUGAAUGGAUUCCUGUGGUUCCAUCGACACGAAAUGCAACACAAAACGGAGGAUCCUAUUGACGAUAUCCCUUUAGAUACCGAAGAAAAUCGUGGCUUUGAGAAGAAGGAAUGAGACACGCCUAGUUCAAAUGAUGCAUACGCACCUAAAUUUCACUACUUCCAACAAAAAAACAAAAUGAAACAUGUCCUACCU